AUGGCACCUUAUUUUGGUAUGAGGGGAGGAUGGCUCACAUUCUGGGUCACUGUUGCUUGUGCAACAGAUAUGACUUUGUUCGGUUAUGAUCAAGGUGUUUUUGGUGGUGUUAUCGUAACUGAAGAUUUCCUGAAUACACUUAAUCUCAAUGGCAAGACCGCUCUAGUUGGAACAAUCACCGCUCUGUACGAUAUUGGUUGUUUCGUAGGCGCCAUUGCCGCCGUCGCUUUUGGUGAAAGACUCGGUCGUAAGAAAACCAUUCUCUGGGGAACAACAAUCAUGACCAUUGGAGCCAUUCUUCAAAUCGCCGCAUACGAUGUCCCAACAAUGAUUGUAGGUCGAAUCGUAGCUGGUAUCGGUAAUGGUAUGAACACAUCCACAGCACCCGUCUGGCAAUCCGAAACCUCCAAAGCGAGUCUGAGAGGUAAACUCGUCGUUAUCGAAAUGAUUCUCAAUAUUGCUGGAUUCUCCCUCAGUAAUUGGGUCACGUAUGGAUUUUCUUUCCUUUCCGGUCCCGUGACUUGGAGAUUCCCACUCGCUUUCCAACUGAUCUUCAUUAUAAUCCUCUUCGUUACUGUUCCAUGGCUCCCAGAAUCCCCACGUUGGUUAAUCGCACAUGGAAAAAUUGACGAAGGUCGUCAAAUCAUUGCUGACCUCGAGGAUGUCGAUCUACAAGAUGACCGCGUAACCAAUGACGUAAAUGACAUUAUUUACGCCGUUGAAUACGAAGAAGCACAUGGAGUUUCCUGGUUUGAUCUCCUUCGUGGCCGAACUGGCGAGGCCGGAACUUCAACUAUACGUCGUCUUGUCCUAGGAUGUGGAACCCAAGCCAUGCAACAACUUAGUGGUAUUAACGUAACAUCCUACUAUCUCCCUACCGUUUUAAUCUCCUCGGUUGGCCUCUCAAACACCCUCGCAAGACUCCUCGCUGCUUGCAACAGUGUAUCUUAUCUUGCAGCCUCACUCCUCGCUAUUCCGAAUGUUGAGCGUUGGGGAAGAAGAAAUCUCAUGAUGUAUGCAGCGGCCGGUCAAGCAGUCUGUUACCUCUUAAUCACCGUUUUACUUCGCUUCAACGAACUAGAAGGGUAUGCCCAUCAAAAAGAAGUCGCUUCCGCCUCCGUCGCAUUUUUCUUCGUAUACUACCUCUUCUUCGGUUUCGGCUGGCAAGGAGUCCCAUGGCUUUACCCCACCGAAAUCAACUCUCUCUCUAUGCGUACCAAAGGAGCUGCACUCGGUACAGCCACCAAUUGGAUCUUCAAUUUCAUGGUGGUAGAAAUCACACCUAUUGGAAUCGAGUCUUUGAGAUGGAAAUUCUACAUCAUCUGGACGAUUUUCAAUGCAUCAUUUGUACCGAUUGUUUAUUUCUUCUAUCCCGAGACGAGCGAUAGGACAUUAGAAGAUAUUGAUAGACUUUUCAGAGAAAAUGGAAGUGUAUUUGUAUUUAAGGAUGCAGAUGCGAUUAGUAGGAAGAGACCGGCUCGAUACUUCGAGGCGGAGGAUAGAAACGCGAGGAAGAUUUUGGGAAGUAGCGGGGGUAAGAAAGAUGAGGUUGGAUUUGGAGGUGCGGCGGCGGAACAUGAUGAAGUGGUUGAGUAUUAG